UACGGUGGCCUAGUCGGGUUCCAGGGCCAAGUCACCGCGACAGCUUGGACCACACAGCGCCCCAAGCGCCGGAUUCCGCGAAAGCUCUCAGCUUCAGAGCCAGAGCGAGAGAAGGUAGCGACCAGCACGACUCCCACACGUCAGGGCCACUGGUAUUUCCUGGAGAGGACCAGGACACCCCGCAGAAAGAAGCAGGGGCCAGCCUUGUAGUCACGCGAGACCCGCGAGACCCAAGAGGCCCCGCCCAAGGCCGGGUCUCCCUGGCCGGAAGUGAGUCUCAUUGGCUCCGCCUCCGUUGUCAGUACCGCGAGAUUUCGCGGAGCCCUCCCUCUUUCUUCUGGGCCGCCGACAUGCCAUCCAGACUGAGAAAGACCCGGAAACUUCGGGGCCACGUGAGCCAUGGCCACGGCCGCAUUGGCAAGCACCGGAAGCACCCAGGAGGCCGGGGUAAUGCUGGUGGCAUGCAUCACCACAGGAUCAACUUUGACAAAUAUCAUCCAGGUUACUUUGGAAAAGUUGGUAUGAGGCAUUACCACUUAAAAAGGAACCAGAGCUUCUGCCCAACUGUUAACCUUGAUAAACUGUGGACCUUGGUCAGUGAGCAGACACGGGUAAAUGCUGCCAAAAACAAGACUGGAGCUGCUCCUAUCAUUGAUGUGGUGCGAUCGGGCUACUACAAAGUAUUGGGAAAGGGAAAGCUCCCCAAACAGCCUGUCAUCGUGAAGGCCAAAUUCUUCAGUAGAAGAGCUGAGGAGAAGAUUAAGGGUGUGGGGGGAGCCUGUGUCCUGGUAGCCUGAAGCCACAUGGAGAGAGGUUCAUUAAAUACUAACAACUGCUUUUC